AUGCAGGCUAUAAAGAACACUAUCGCAGAAAACACUGGCAUCUCUGGCGCCCACCAGCUCGCGAAACCUGAGCACCAGUUCGCACUUGAUGAGGUUCCUGAUCUUACUGGCAAGGUAGCCAUUGUUACUGGGGGAUCCGAAGGUAUCGGUCUCGCUAGUGCUACCACUCUCUUGAAGCACGGUAUUUCCAAAGUAUUCGUCUUAUCUCCUAACCCUGAGUACGCUGGAGAGGCUCUACAAUUCUUUGAGAAGGAACUCGGUACUUCAGCAACCGACCGCGUCACCUGGGUACCAUGUGAUCUUGCAGACUGGUCUCAAACAGAGUUGGCUGCCAAACACCUUGCCUCCCAGAUCGACCGACUAGAUAUCCUUUUGAACAUAGCUGGUCGUGGAAUCAUGACUGCACAGCGUAACAAGUACGAUAUCGACUUGCACAUGGCUCUCAAUCACUUUGGUCACGUUGUUCUUACAAGCACCUUACUCCCCUUGCUAAAGAAGACGGCCGAUUCUGGGUCAACCGUUCGAAUUGUAAACGCAGGCUCUAAUCUACACGAAAAAGCGCCCAAAGAGACCAGGUUCGCAGAUGUCGCCGAGCUUAACAAAGAUUUUGGUCCCAAUGGACAAUAUGGCCGAAGCAAGUUGGCGGCUAUCCUGUAUGCGCGCUAUCUCGCACGACAUCUAUCGGCUUCCCAUCCUCGUAUCUUGGUGAACGCGUUCCACCCCGGGAUCGUUAUCACUCGCCAAUCUACUGAGCAUAUCCACGAGCCAUACCCUAUACUGGGAUGGGGUAACAACGCUCUAUACCCCUUGAAGAAGGAUAUUUGGGAUGGCUCAGUUAGCGUUAUGUAUGCCGCAACCAAGACUGAACGCACAGGCGAAUAUAUCUGUCCUCCCGCAAUCCCAGAGCCAGGAAGUGAUCUCGCCAGGGACGAUUCUCUGGGGGAACAACUGAUGGAAUUAACGAAGCAGGUGUUGAGCACCAAGGCUCAAUUGAAACUAGGCUUCUAUUGA